CCACAACCCUUAUUCUAGUCUAACUAUAGUUAAAGAAGCCACGAGUUAGACAGUAACCAUGGUUAGACAACCAAAUGUUUUGGUUUAUCCCCAGUUUGGCCCCUUUGAUAUUUAUAUUUUAUUGAAAAUUCAUAAACGAAGACUUUUUGCAACCCCUCGGCCCUCGCUCACUUUCUCUCUCUGGAUUUUCACUUUCUCUUCUAAGAUCUUUCUAUCACUUUUGUUCUUAGUUCUUGUCGAUAUUAUUGAUUUCGGCUUUGAAUUCGGAUUCUAGUGAUCUGUUUGUAUCUAUCUCUGUGGUUCGAUCAAUAGUGCUAAAAUUUAGGGAAAAUGUCUGAAACCCUUGUUUCAUACUGUUUGAGACUAAAUUAACUUGAGCUGAGCUGAUUUUGUGCUAUGGCUUCUGUUGCUUGAUUUGCGUUAUGGUUCGAAGUAGAAACGAUCGAUGUUAGAUUGAUCCAUAGAUAGUAAUACUAAAUUUGAUAUCUAACCCUAGAAAAGUAAAAGUGCUUCCGAUACUUGAUUUGGUUGGAUAACAGAUAUCUCCUUUUUCUAAACGGAAGUAGAAGCAAACCCUAGAAUAAUUAAGUCGCCAUGACCACCGACUUGGACAACUCGUCGGCGGUGAACGAAUCCACGGUAUCCGGCGAAGCUAGUAUUUCCUCUCCGGGUAAUCAGACGGCGGCGCCUCCGGAAAAGCCAGUGAAAAGGAAGCGAAAUUUAGCCGGCAUGCCAGAUCCAGAUGCAGAGACCAGAAUUUGCAACUCCAUAGAAGAGGACACAAUUUGCCAUGGAAGCUUAAACAGAGAACAAGCAAAGAGAUUAGGAAAAGAGUCUAUGAAACAUGGUGAGAAGAAAUGGAAAUGUGAUCAAUGCUCAAAAAAAUACGCAGUUCAAUCCGAUUGGAAAGCUCAUCUCAAAAUAUGUGGAACCCGAGAAUACAAAUGUGAUUGUGGGACACUGUUUUCAAGGAGAGAUAGCUUUAUCACCCACAGAGCAUUUUGUGAUGCAUUAGCAGUAGAGACUGCUAAAAGUCAACCUGAAGAUGAAGACCCAAAACCUCAAUCUGUAGAAUCAACACCACAGUCAACAUCAACAGCAUCACCACCACCACCUCCACCCACUGCCGCCCCAACACCGCCUGUAACGUCUUCAGUUUUAUGUAUUGCAAAGUCUCCAGAUUUGCCGGAAAUUUCCACCUCCAAUCAAGAUUCUAGACCUGUUUUGGACAAUUCACCACCAAUUGUGGUGGCGGCAGUGAGCGGAAGUUGUAGUGGUAGUUGCACAUCAACCAAUACAGGAAGCACAAACAGCAGUGUAUUUGCAAGCUUGUUUGCAUCAUCAACUGCAUCCAAAAUUUUACACCCACAAACACAAACACAACCACAACCACAAACACAAACAAUUGGAUUCAAAGAUUUGAUUCGAUCCAUGAAUCAAUCAACAACACAAACACCCGAUCUAACCCUACCAUCUUCAUCUCAAGAACCCAUCUCUCUCUGCCUAUCCACCAAUCAAGGCUCUUCAAUUUUCAGAACAGCAGGCCCGGAGCUCCGCCAAUACGCCCCGCCACCUCAGCCCACCAUGUCAGCAACAGCAUUACUUCAAAAAGCUGCUCAGAUGGGUGCAUCCGCCUCAGGUGCGUCUUUACUUAGAGGAUACGGGCUUGAUGGUGGGCGGUUAGAUGACUCGGAUGUCGGUGGCGGCGGCGGCGGUGGUGGUGGUGGUGCGACAAUUGGGUUAGGGUUAGGGGUGGGGUAUGAUGGGCGGUCUGGUUUGGAAGAACUCAUGAUGGGGACGCCAUCUGUAUAUGGGCCUAAACAUGCGACUCUUGAUUUUCUUGGGUUGGGUAUGGCGGCUGGUGGUGGAACCACCAAUGGUUUAUCGGCUUUAAUGACAUCUAUUGGCGGGAGUCUUGAUGUUACAAGGGCGGUUUCGUCAUUUGGACGCGGUGGUGGUGGUGGUGGUGAGUUCACCGGAAAAGACAUGGGAAAGCAGUGA